GUAUUUUCGAUGUCUGUUCGUUCUUUCGCUGUCGGAUGAUGUUGAGACCUCUGUAGUCCUAUUUUUCUUGAGUGUUAACCUUUUUAAUAUUCGCCGUCGUGCUCCAAUCCCCCAGUCCGUUCGGACCGUUGUCACUGCUCUGUCAACUUUCGAACCAUGGCGACUAUGGGUGAAGUACCUCCCUACACGCCGGCCGUGGGACAGCCUCUAGAUACUGGUCCAUACAAAAGCAGUCCACUUCAACGCACAUUCAAGACUUCCCUUCGAUCGCUAGCAGUAACCUGUGCGAUUAUCGCCGUUGCGCUGCAAGGGGCUGCUUUCAGUCGGAACGGCUACCGGUACUCUUGCCAUUACUACGGUACUCUUGUUAACGAAUGUUCCUACGAUUACGAGGGGAUCUGGGUAUCUCCCGAAAGUUACACAUUCGCCAUUCUGUCCAUAAUCUGGAACGUCGCCGAGUUCAUUACACAAUGCGUGAACGGUCGGGGUAUCCAUCCAGGCGCUCACGUCGGCCUCGAUCUGAUCAUUUGGGGCGGAUUACUCUCCGCCGCACUCAUCCAGCUGCUCGUGGAUUACGAGGACCUGUUCGACCUGACCAUCGGCGCCGCAGCGAUCAAGAUUAUCCUCACCAUCAUCCACUUCAUCCUCUUCGUCUGGGCCUGCGUCGACACCGACCGCCGCCGCAAACACAAACGCCAGCGCCUCGCCGCCCUCAUCACCCAGGCGGGCAAUCAACAAGCGCAACUCCUACAUAUGCAGAACGAGCAGCACAUGAGCAUGUAUAAGCAACCGCAGUUCACGACCUACGCGCAACCGCCGCCCGGAAUGGUCCCUGUCCCGGCAUCCAUGCCAACCGGGCAGAUGCCCCCGAAUGCAUAUUUCCCUCCGGGGCCCCCGGGGCAACAGCAGCCGACGUCGUAUAUGGCGCCUCCACCGGGACAAGCUGGGUCACUGGCGGAGAUGUAUAAUUCCCAGAUACAAGGCAUGCCGAAUGGGGCGAAUGCGGGCCAGAUCCCGCUGCAGCCGAUCCCAGAACAAGCUAUGCACUGGCAGCGGGCGUCGGUGCAAUUGCCAGCGCCCAACAUCUCGCCUCCGACGCCGGUAAAUGCGCAAUUGACUCCGGACGGAAGCGGGCAGAGCCGAGGCGCUGAACUGGCAGAGAUAUCGCCGGCAGCGGUGCCGAGUCCGAAUCCUGGUUCGGCGGAAUUGGCCAACACACCUCGUUAAUGCUGAGACGUUAGUUGUCAGUUUAAGGGCGUAUUCCCGAGUAGUUUUUAAAGAGGGCUUGUAUAUUUUUGGUUUGCUGAUGCUUGGAGCUAGUGUUGAGCGAGUUAAUGGUGGAAGGAUAUACCCCCUUGGAAUUUUCAAUGCUCUAAUUCUUGUCUAGCCGAGAGCGAGUGCAAUAUCCUGUUGCUCGUCGUGAUCGAAUAGGCGACCACUGGUUUUAUCUUGACCUUGAAGGGCUUG